AUAAGAAUCACUGUGUUCAUACCUGAGCAAAUGCUUGAUGGUGACAAGUUCCAAAAAGAAAUCAACUUUGUGAGGUAUUCAAGUUUAAAAGUACAACAUUGCAAGACGUCAAACAUCAAUCUGAGAACAUAUAAAGCAGAUGGAGGGGAAAAUGGAGCCAAAGCGUGUGCUGGUGACAGGAGGCAGCGGUCUGGUGGGGAAGGCCAUUGAGCGAAUAGUGAUGGAGGAAGGGGGUGCUAGAGAAGGAGAGGAGUGGAUCUUCCUGUCCUCCAAAGAUGCCGACCUAACAAAUGCGGCUCAGACGAGGGCUAUUUUCAAGAAACAUCAUCCCACGCAUGUAAUCCAUCUUGCGGCCAUGGUGGGUGGCCUCUUCCGGCACUUGAGACAGAACCUGGAUUUCUGGAGACAAAAUGUGGCCAUCAAUGAUAAUGUGCUGCACACAGCUCAUGAAUUCGAUGUGGUCAAAGUUGUCUCCUGUCUGUCCACAUGCAUCUUCCCAGACAAAACCACCUACCCCAUUGAUGAGACUAUGAUCCACAAUGGUCCUCCUCAUUGGUCUAACUCAGGUUAUGCUUAUGCCAAACGGAUGGUUGAUGUCCACAACAGGGCUUGUUUUCAGCAGUAUGGACGGAGGUACACUGCUAUAAUCCCCACAAAUAUAUUCGGUCCCCAUGACAACUUCAGCAUAGAAGAUGGCCAUGUUCUGCCAGCACUUGUCCACAAGGCCUACAAAGCAAAACUGACUGGGACACCUUUAGAGGUGUGUGGCUCUGGGAGUGGCCUUCGGCAGUUCAUCUACUCCCUGGAUCUGGCUCGCCUCUACCUGUGGGUGCUGAGAGAAUAUGACGAGGUGGAGCCCAUCAUAUUAUCAGUUGGAGAGGAGGAUGAAAUUAGCAUUAAGGAUGUUGUUGAUGCUAUUGUUGGAGCCUUUGAGUUCACAGGACCUGUGGUUUACGAUACCAGCAAGUCCGAUGGUCAGAUGAAGAAAACAGCAAGCAAUGCUAAACUCCGCCGAUACCGUCCAGACUUCACCUUCACACCCUUCCACACAGCUGUAAAGGAGACUUGCAAUUGGUUUGCGGCCAACCAUGACAAAGCCCGCAAAUGAGGAUUCUGCCAAUACACUAGUAGAGAGUACAGGAGACAAUACAACGUUGAAAGAUGCAAUGUCUGUGAUCUUGAGAAACACUAAAUGUCCUGGGAGGGUCAUUAAAUAGGAGGAGUGUCUUUUUUGGAGGGUAUUCUUAGUCAUAAAGGUGCGAUUGUGGUUUUUGGUUCUCGAUGUUCCUCAAAGUUGCGCUUGCCUAUUCAUUAAUUGAC